CCGCGCAGGCGCCCGGUGGUGGGGAGACCCGAGGGGAUUCGGGAGUCACAGGCGCGGCCGCAAAGGUCCCGGCGUCGGCGUGAACGACAGGCACCCCCUCUCCGCGUCCACCGAGGUGGCGGCGCCCGGCGACCAGGCCGCUUUAAGCACAGGCCCCGCCCCGGCCCGCGCGUCGCCCCCGCCCAGGCCCUCGAGAAGCCCGAGCCCCGUUGCCGCCAUCAUGAUCUGCCUGGUGCUGACCAUCUUCGCCAACCUCUUCCCGGCGGCGUACACCGGCGUGCACGAGCGCACCUUCCUAGCCGUGAAGCCCGACGGCGUGCAGCGGCGGCUCGUGGGCGAGAUCGUUCGGCGCUUCGAGAGGAAGGGCUUCAAGCUGGUGGCGCUGAAGCUGGUGCUGGCCUCGGAGGAGCUGCUGCGCCAGCACUACGCCGAGCUGCGUGAGCGCCCUUUCUACGGGCGCCUGGUCAAGUACAUGGGCUCCGGGCCGGUGGUGGCCAUGGUGUGGCAGGGUCUGGACGUUGUGCGCGCUUCGCGGGCGCUCAUCGGGGCCACGAACCCAGCCGACGCCGCGCCUGGCACCAUCCGUGGCGAUUUCUGCAUCGAGGAACGUGAUUCACGGCAGCGACUCGGUGGAGAGCGCCCGCCGCGAGAUAGCGCUCUGGUUCCGCGCGGACGAGCUCCUGUGCUGGGAGGACAGCACCGGGCACUGGCUGUACGAGUAGCCGGUCGGGCAGACGUGCCCGUCUGCAGUGGGCUGUGGGUGAUUCCGCAUCCUUCAGGCCCCAGAGGUGUGCACACGUGUGGGCCCCACCCCUAGGAGUUCAGAAUACCCUUCCUGUGGCAGGGGGCACAGGAGGGCAGGUGGUGCAUGCCUGCGGAGCUCUGGUUGCUACAGGCCUUCCUGUCCUGGCUGAGGUUCUCAGGAGGCCCAGCCCGGCCUGCGCCCGUUUACAGCACGUCUGGAAUGUGGCAGGGAGCCACCCUAGUACUUGGCUUGUCCCAGUACUUCUUUUUAUAAUAAAUUGAGGAAAACUUU